UUUGGCGCAUGGGCAAAAGAACGGAGCAGAAACUUUCCGACUUUUGCUGGCGACCAAGAUGGCGGACUGAACUAUCCGUGGCUCCUCGAAGAAGUUUCACAUUUACGAUGCUUCUGUUCUAUAGAUUCACCUUGUCUAAAGUCCACGAAACGGAAGUUGAGUUUGGAGCGAUGGAGUGUUUCCUGAAGUGAAGAUUGAAGACGUGAUAGAAGAUGGACGACUACUGCUAUGCUAAGAUGGCGACGUCCGCUAAAAGAGAACAUGAAAGAGAAUCAGCGCCACCAACUUCCAGCAAAUCACCAACGGAGAUAAAGAUAAAAACUGCAGCUGAAGACGUGAAACAGCUGAUUGGUCGUUUGGAAGAUUGUCCCCCUCAGCCGCAGGUUGACGACUCCACUUUGAAGGAAGAGCAUCCAUGGCCCCCCCACAUUAAAGAGGAAGAGGGGGAACUCUGGAUCACUCAGGAGGGAGAGUGUCUUCUAGGGCCGCAGAAAGCUGAUCCCACCAAGUUUCCACUGACUGUUGUCUCUGUGAAGACUGAAGAUGACAAAGAGAAACCACAACUAGACAACCUCUUAGCUCCACGAUCAGAUAGUGAGGAUGAGGACGAAGUUGAAGUAACUUUGAGCAACAAUACAGACUCUGAAGGUGAUUUGAGGACUCACACCGACAACAAACAUUCUGACAGCUCUAUAAAGAAGAGGGGUAAAAAGCAUUUGAGCUGCUCCAUUUGUGCUAAAUGCUUUACUCAAACAAACACUUUGACUCAUCACAUGAGAACACACACGGGAGAAAAACCGUUUAUUUGCUCAGUUUGCGGUAAAAAAUGUUCUCAGAAGAGCAAUUUGACAAGACACAUGAGAACGCACACAGGCGAAAAACCAUUUAGAUGUUCAGUUUGCGGUAAAACAUUUUCUAACAAGGUCUGUCUGACAGCGCACGCGAGGACGCACACAGGAGAGAAACCAUUUAAAUGUUCAGAUUGUGGUCAGAAUUUUUCCCAGAAGGCCAAUUUGACAGCACACAUGAGGACACACACAGGAGAAAAAACAUCUAAUUGUUCAGUUUGUGGCAAACAUAUUUCCCGUAAGACCCAUCUGACCGCACACAUGAGAACGCACACAGGAGAGAAACCGUUUUAUUGUUCGGUUUGCGGCCAAUUUUUUUCUCAACAGGCCAAUUUGAAGGCGCACAUGAGAACACACACCGGAGAGAAACCAUUUUCUUGUUCGGUUUGCCGUCAAAUUUUUUCUCACAAGGCUAAUUUGGCGGCGCACAUGAGGACGCACACAGGGGAGAAACCAUUUAAUUGUUCAGUUUGUGGCCAGAGGUUUUCUCAAAAGUCCAAUUUGACGACACACAUGAGAAAACACAGGAGAAAAACCAUUUAAUUGUUCAGUUUGUUUUGAAAGCUUUUCUUAGACUUAGACACACUUCACGAUGGGAAGGGUAAGGAUGGAAAGGAUAAUGCAGGUAUAAAGUAGACUUUUUCUUCCGGGCAAGUUCUGAAUCAACAUAAAACGAAACACAUUGGUGAAAAACAUUUAGUUGUUGGGCGUAGCUACACCAAGUAGCAUUAAGUGUGAUCACAUGAAGGAAUUUAGUGUCAUACACACAGCAGAUCAUCACUUUUUAGGUGUCUUCUCACAUGUGACGUUACACUUUUAUGAUAUGACAAUAUUUAGGUACAGAUUGGAAAACAGAAUGGACUUUUUGUGUUAGUGCUAAAAUCUUUACCUCUCACAAAGACUUCUAAAAUACCUUUUAUCCUGUGCGUGUUUUAAUGCGUUACCAUAGUUGCCUGGGGCGGUGUGGCUCGGUUGGUAACACCUUGAAGGUUCCAGCUACUUGAAGGUUCUAGGUUCGAUUUCGCCAUCCUAGUCACAGCCGUUGUGUCCUCGGGCAAGACAUUUUACUCACUUUCUCCCAGUGCCACGCACACUGGUGUAAAUGUAGUUUAAAAUUGUAAAUAAUGGGUUUUACCAUUUAUUACUUGAGAAAAGUGCUAUAUAAUUAUAAGUCACCUCACUCCACACUUCACUUGCCCACUAAACUAAUCUGUUACAGCAAACUGACCGUUAUGUUUUUCCCCUGUGAGUUAGACUUUGAUUGGUUGAGAGCAACAUGGAUGGGGUUUUCCUCACUUUCCUAUUGGACGACAUCUAUGAUCAUGGAAUUGUGUUUGUGUUGUGACAAUGUUGUAUAAUAUCAGUGACUUCCUGUUAUAUUCAAACAGUCCCAUACUUCUGGUCUUCUGUCAUUGGGAUAUUAUAAAAAAUAAAUAAAGUCAAACCUGUUGUGCUAAAGUAGAUUGUUAAAAGUGAUUUUGGCGUUUACUCAGAAGGACUACUGUGGUCAAGCUGAGAGAACAAAGUGCCCAUUACAACAAAGUAAGAAGAGUUACGACAACUUCAAUUAGAAAAUAAGUGUAGAAACUCUUUAAAAAGCCAUAACAAUGCGUCACGCGUAGUGUUGAACUUUAAACAUCUGAGCCUGCCGACCUCCAUCUUUUUCCUCGGAGGGAGCCGAGUCGUCCAAGUAAGUACUUUUUGAAUUUAUUUUGUUCAUCUGUCGGUAAUGUGCAUUGGUCGUCUAAUGUCUCUCCGUCUCAAAUGAUCCGUCUGCUAAAUAAUGAUAAAUAUUUCAUGCUAAUUUGUUUCCAGAAAGGUGAAAGCUUCAUAUGGAGGGCUUUGUCCUUUUUCUUUCUGAAGUAUCCUACAUUUCAUUGCCGGCGGCCGUAUUGGAAGGCUUUGUUUACCGAGAGUCAUUGUUCACGAUAGCGCUACGGGAUAUAUUCGUAGUACUCAAAGUAGCUUUAGUGCGAUGGAGAAAGACUUCGAGUCACUAGAUAGGAAGUCCCUUACUCGUUAUAAAAAGAAAACAGCCGUAAUUGGAUGUGAGGAUCCUUAUUAGAUCAACAAGUCUGACUUGAGUAGAGAUCAUUUGGUAAACUACUUGAUUCUUCAACCCAGCUCAUUUUAUAUUUUGAAGGACUGCAAGAAUGAUAUGGGUCUAGAAAGUUAUGACCGGUUUGUCUGUGGAUGGGUUUUUGACAUUUUUGUUCAUCUGUAUAAACCCAGUGCACAUCAGGUUGUCAAGGCCCGAGUCAUGCACUCUCGGAAGUGAUCAUACCCGAGUUAAUGCAAAGUGGGGCCAUCAUUUAUUUUAGAAGAAUUUCUACUCACAUUUUCAUCAUUUAUAGCAAACCUGAAAUGAAAUGAUCCAAACAGACUUUAUUCUGUCCUACGUGUCUGUGUCCCGUGACGUAAACAAGUUGACAGAUAGCUAACAUGAAGAUCCCAAGGAAAGGGAAGAAAGAGUCCAGGCCUUUUAUCUUUAAGAAGCUUUAGUGGUUUUCACAGAGAAUGCACUUUUCCUUUCUUCUUGUCUAAUUGGUCAUUUCUUUCUUUGUUUUCUCUUUUCCUUGUAUGUAUUUUUGCUUUUGUUAUCUUCUCUUUUUUGUUGUUGUAAAACUGUAUAAAGAGACACAAAAUAUAUGUCAAAUAAACACCACUAAGUAACU